AUGUCUGUCGAACAAGAAGAUGAAUGGGAGUACGAGUAUGAUGCUGAAGAUACUGAGGACUUUUAUGUAACGUUAGACCUUUCCAACAUCCACAGCAACACAGGUGCGAAAAACAUGGCGCAGCAUGCGCCUGUAGGGAACCCACAAUCUCUUGGAAAUCGACUCCGAGUAUCAAAUACUCAUACUGGCGAUGGAAGCACCCCAGAACAUCCCACGGAACCUUCAAGUAUUGAUCCCGUUGGGGAAAUACAGAUCACAGACAUACAUACCCAAACCCCGCUAAUGAUGUACAAUGGCCAAUUGCUGAGCUGUCACUGGGCGUCUACAAUAGGAACAGAUUUAUUCUUUGCAAGGCCGAACGAUAAUGGGCUACCCAGUGAGGGCCCUCUUCGAUCCUUACCGUCCGUUGACUUAGUAGGCAUUGGGUCGGCCAAACUGAUGGCAAAAGCGGCAAGACUGCAGCCACGAGAUGAGUUGCUGGAAAGGCCACAAGACAAGGGAGAGGUGCAGCACAAUGAGCCAUCAGUGACAUCUUCGCCUUCACCUGGAAAGCCAAAGGCUCCCUCAAACUUUUUAACAAGACUUAAUGAGGCAAAGGCAAAAAGAGGCGAAAAAACCAGGCUCGUUAUCCUGGACAAUCCUCAAGGUUCGCGGCUCUCUGCACAACAAGCUUCCGGUCCUGUGAAGCCCUCUUCUCGAACUUCCGGAGAUGUUGUGACCGAUUCUUCAACUACCACAGUCAUGGGUGAUGCUCAUUGA